AUGCCUUCCACCGGUGUUACGAUCACCAACCCUUUGGUGCUCUAUCGCAGUCUCAUUGCUACACAGAAGAUCCGACCUGAUCCAGCUCAGCAUCGUCUCGCAUUACAUUUACAGAAGCUCUAUGACAGGUUGAUCGACUAUGAACCGACUGUAGAAUACUCCAAGAGGCUUCAACAACUUACACGAGCUGUCGAUGCGGGCCAAGAUGCAUCGUCAUCAUCAACAGACUCACACGUCAACCGCUUCGGUAGAAGGGGCGUGUGGACGUCUUUACUUGCGCAAAAAGACCAAAGAGACUCCAAAGCAUUGACACGUGUUCUGACUAGCCACGAUGAGGCCAUGCAACUGCAAAGUCCCAAAGGCCUCAUGCUCCACGGCGAAGUUGGUACCGGAAAGAGUAUGCUGAUAGAUCUCUUCCAAGAUUGUCUACCAAACCGCAAGAAGCGGCGAUGGCACUUCAACACCUUCAUGCUCGAUACCAUCUCGCGUCUGGAGCAACUGCGAAUGUCGAGAUCACUAGUGGCAGGACCUGGGACCGCUCACGAUGAGUAUUCUCUACUUCUCGUGGCACGCGACCUUAUCGAGAAGUCUCCCAUCCUCUUCUUGGACGAGUUUCAAUUGCCAGAUCGCGCUGCUAGCAAGAUUCUGUCCAAUCUCAUGACGUCGUUCUUCCAGCUUGGUGGCGUACUCAUUGCGACCAGCAACCGCAUGCCAGAAGAGUUGGCCAAAGCUGCGGGUAUGGAGUUUUCGCGUCCUGUUACUCGCCUUAGCCGGUUAGGAUGGAGUAUGAGCAAGAGCUCGUAUACGAGGAGAGAUGAUGGGGCUGGCCAGAUGGGAGAGUUCGCCGCGUUCUUGGAGGUGCUUAGGGCGAGAUGCGAAGUUUGGGAGAUGGAAGGGAAGAAAGAUUAUCGGAAGAUUGAAAGCGAAGAACAGGAGGGGAGAAGAGAUAGUGUGCAGGUGCCAGCAUCCGAAACCGUCACUGCCAACGCCACUGCAACCUCGACAGUCGAGGCAAUGGGUACUACAGAUCCUUCCAGUGCACCGCGAGAUACAGCCCCCGAAGCCAUGGAGACUUCAUCUUUUCUUCCAAAGAACUACCUCGUUCAGCCCACCACUACAGAGACGAUGAUAGAGUUUGGCGAAUCUUUCAACUCUCUCGUCGAGCGCGCAACGAAUCGCGAAUACCCGGUCCCUUGGGAGCCCGCGACCCUCACGGUCUACAACCGGCCCCUCGAGAUUCCUGCUCAGUAUAAUGGUGUGGCAUUCUUCACUUUUGCUGAGCUCUGCGGCGCAGUCCUAGGUCCAGCAGACUACAUCACUUUAGCAUCUACAUACCAUACCUUCAUCGUCACCGAUGUACCUGUCAUGGGCUUACUGAUGAAGAGCGAAGCAAGACGGUUCAUCACUUUGCUCGACGCCAUGUACGAAGCAAGAUGUAGAUUGAUGAUGACGGCGGCUGCAGGUCCCGAUGGAAUUUUCUUUCCAUCCCGACCAUCUGCGGCGGAACCAGGACAAGAGACACUAGACAAUGACGCCGUAUACCCAGAGACAUAUUCAGAGAUUUACCAAGAUCUCAAUUCACCCUUCAGACCGAACAUCUCGUCCUAUUCUGGCGAUAGUCUAUCCGAAGACGCACUAGAAGAUGAUCCACCAAAUCGCUCCCGCCAGGCAGGAACUUCCUUCACAGACGAGCGGAAAUUUGGUCCUGGGUCUCCCGAUUUUGCUAAUAUAGGGGGUUUGACAGGUGAAGAUGAGAAGUUUGCUGUCAAGAGGGCGGAAAGUCGGAUUUGGGAAAUGUGUUCAGGAAGGUGGUGGGAUCGCUUUUCUGCUGCGGCUGACGAGGCGACGCCAUGGUGGAGGCCUCUUCCUCUUGAAUCAAGACACUGGGAAAGGGCUUCUGUUACGUCAAAACCUUGUCCAGCGCCGUCGCCGGAGUCACUUCCGCCUAACACAAAGAUUUUGUCCAAAGACGAAGUUGAAAAGGACCGUCAGAAGGAGAUGGAGGACAUGUUCAAGCAUGGUGCAAGUCCCUUCCGCACACAUCCUGAUGCUCCGCCCAAAUUCAGCUGGACACAUGCCUGGGGUAUGAUGACAUGGGGCAAGAAGGCUGGGGCUUGGGGAAAGGGUGUAGAAGGAUUGAAAGACAGAAACGGCAAUGAAGAGGGCAGUGAAGAUGGAAAGGACGGUAAAGACGAGAAGAAAAGAGAGUAA